AUGCCCUCGCUGUGGAGAGAAGUGCUCCUGGAGAGCCUUCUGGGAUAUGUUUCUUGGUCUCUCUGCGAUGGCCUGGGACCGAUGAUCUAUUACUUUCCCCUGCAAACACUAGAACUCACUGGGCUUGAAGCUUUUGCCAUAGCAUUUCUUUCUCCAUUAUUCCUCACAAUUCCUCCUGUCUGGAAACUGGUUAACAAGAAGUGGAUGGUAGCCCUGCUGUGGAUAAUUACCGUUGGCAGCAUAGCCUCCUUCCAGGCUCCAAAUGCCAAACUUCAGCUCGUGGUUCUCGUGCUCGGUCUGUCUUCCUCACUGGUAGUGCAAGCCGUGGCAUGGUGGACAGGAAGUGGUUUGCAAAGGUACUUCGGAAUCUGGGGAUUCAUUUUAGGACAGAUUCUUCUUGUUGUUCUCCACAUUUGGUACACUUCACUGAACCCAGUCUGGACUUACCAGAUGUCCAACAGAGUGAUACUGACAUUAAGAACCGUCGCCACACUCGAUCGCAUUUACACAGAUGGUGCCUGCUGUAGACCUGAGGGGAAGAAGUCUGAGGAGGCAGCCAGGGUGAUGGCUUCUAGACCGAACUGGUUGUUGGCAGGGGCUGCCUUUGGCAGUCUCAUGUUCCUUACCCACUGGAUUUUUGGAGAAGUCUCUCUUGUUUCCAGAUGGGCAGUGAGUGGGCAUCCCCAUCCAGGGCCAGAUCCUAACCCAUUUGGAGGUGCAGUUCUGCUGGGCUUGGCGAGUGGAUUGAUGCUUUCGCCUUGUUCAUGGUUUCCUGGUUCCAGUUUAACCUGGUGGAUGACAGGAGCGACCUCGGCUGGGGGUCUCCUUUACCUGCCCACGUGGGCAGCCGCUCUCUCUGGCUGUGUGCUCGCCCUCUUCACGGCGUCCAUGUGGCCUCAAGUGCUUGGACACCUUAUCAACUCAGGGUCAGGCCCUGGGAAAGCCAUGACCACUGCCGUGAUAUUUUAUCUUCUAGAAAUAUUUUUCUGUGCACGGUGCACAGCUUUUAAAUUUGUCCCAGGCGGUGUGUACGCUAGAGAAAGAUCUGAUGUGCUUUUGGUGACAGUCAUGCUAAUUAUUGGACUGAAUAUGCUAUUUGGUCCCAAGAAAAGCCUUGAUUUUCAUCUUCAAACAAAAAACAGUCCUAAAAUGCUUUUCAGAGAGAGUGGAAAAUACAUGAAACUUGUUUUGUGGCUGCUUGUCAGUGUGAAGUUGCUGGGAUUAGGACUACGGCAUAAAACCUAUGAGAAGAAAUUGGGAAGAGGGGCACCAGCCACAGAGGUCUUUGCCGCCAUCUGGCCUUUCAGGUUUGGCUUUGACAGUGAAGGAUGGUCUAAUUUAGAAAGAUCAGCUCAACUGCUCAGUCAAACAGGUGCAGAUCUCAUAACAAUUUUGGAGAGCAAUGCUUCUAAGCUCUAUAUUGGGAACAAUGACCUGACCAUGUGGUUAGGGGAGAAGCUGGGUUUCUAUACCGACUUUGGUCCAAGCGCAAGGGAUCACACUUGGGGGAUUAUGGUUUUGUCAAGAUACCGCAUUGUGAAAUCAGAGCAUCACCUUCUUCCGUCACCAGAGGGCGAGAUUGCACUUUCAGAUGACCUCGAUAGGAAACUUCAAGCUAUUGCUGUUUCAAAACUACUGAAAAAUAGCUCUGAGCAAGUGAUAUUUCUGGGAUAUAUCACUUCAGCACCUGGUUCCAGAGAUUAUCUACAGCUCAUUGAACGUGGCAAUGUGAAGGACAUUGACAGCACAGAUCAAGACAGAUGGUGUGAAUAUAUUAUGUAUCGAGGGCUGAUCAAAUUGGGUUAUGCAAGAAUCUCCCAUGCUGAGCUGAGUGACUCUGAAAUUCAGAUGGCCAAAUUUAGGAUCCCUGAUGAUCCCAUUAAUUCUAGAGACAACCAGAAAGUGGUCACAGACCCCAGGGAAGUUCCCGAGAAAAUUCACUUCAGUCCCAGGUGA